AUUUUAUUUUAAUUUAUGGGCAAAAAGGAAAAGGGAAAGCAAAAUCCACUAGGCGAAGUGAGCAGAGAUUAUACUAUUAAUCUUCACAAGGCUGUUCACAAGGAAACAUUCAAGAGAAAGGCUCCCCGUGCUGUUAGUCACAUUAUUAGAUUUGGUAUGUGAGUCAAGAUUAAUAGAAAGCUCAAAAAAAUAUGUUGACAGAAGAUGUAAGAGUUGAUCCACAAUUGAACGAAGAAAUUUGGAAGACAGGAAUCCGCAAUUUGCCAAGAAGAAUCAGAGUCAGGUAUAUUCAAUUGAUUUAUCCUAUGCAGACUCCAAAGAAAGAAGAAGGAAGAAGAUGAUGGAAAAGGAAAAUACUAUACCCUUGCAUAGCAUGUUCCAGUAGAUUCAUUUGCAAACCUUAAAACAGAAAUUACAAAAGUCUAAUGAUUUACAUAAUUGUACAAUACAAU